AUGUUCCCCACGCGCCUCGUCUCUCUGAGAGGUGACCUGGGGUGGCCCGCGAGAUCACCGGAUUUGAGCAUUUGUAAUUUUUUCCUGCGGGGCUACCUCAAGGAAAAGGUCUUCAAACACCGUCCUCACACUUUGCAAGAACUGAAGACCCGAAUUAGAGAGGAAAUCGCCGCGAUUCCCGUCGAUAUGUGCCAGAAGGCGGUUGAAAACUUCAGGAAUCGCCUCCAUCAGUGCAUCGCUGAUGGAGGCCAUUAUCUUGCUGAUGUGAUCUUCAAAAUUUGA